AUGCCAUUACGAUUACGAUACAAUCGCGCUAUUGCUACUCGAAUGCGUCUUCUGAUGGCGCUUAUUUUUUUGUUAAGUUUAUUAGCAUUUGGUUAUCAAUAUUCUCAUGGUUUAGAUUUACCUAGUUCAUCAAAAAAUGAUUUACAACAAAACUCCUUACAAUUACAAUAUGCUCAAAUAUUAAAAGAAAAACGGUCAGCAACUGAAAAAAAACUUGCUCCUUAUAAUGCCAUAGUUGGUAUAGCGUCAUCAAAUGUGCCAGCGUAUUCAAAUGGUAAUGAUUCAUAUAUUUCAUACCAAGAAAGUUAUCUUGAUGGAGUUUAUAUGGGAAUAAAAUGGCAAUGUGUUGAAUAUGCACGUCGAUGGACAUAUAUACGUAAAAGUUCAGUAUUUAAAAGUAUUGAAGGAGCAAAUGAUAUGUGGAGUCAAUUAACAUACGUUGAAAGAGUAGCAGAUAAAAAACAGUUUCCAUUGAAAAAUCAUCCAAAUGGUUCUCCAAAUCCACCAAUAAAUGAAUCAUAUCUUAUUUAUCCAAUUCAAAAGGAUAUGCCUUAUGGACAUGUUGCUGUCAUCGUUGAUGUUUUACCAAAUGCUAUAAGAAUUGCUGAAGAAAAUUUUUAUUUUCAUUAUUGGUCACGUAAUUAUGCUCGAGAAAUUCCUGUUGUAUUUAAAGAUGGUCGUUAUUUUAUUGAUGAUAAAUAUUCAAUUUAUGGAUGGAUGGAAAUUGACGAUAAUAAACAAUUACAACCAUUGGAUAAGACGAAAAAAUGUCGACCAUCCAUAACAAAAAGCAUACAAAUAACAUCUGAACCUCAUCAAUCUGUAAACAAAUAUAAUUCAAAAUCAUGUAAUGCUGAGCAGGCAGCUGUAUUUGAACAAGAAGAAACUGAACGUCAAGAGAAUAUGAAUACAAUUGCAGUAUAUCUCACACAAUUAACGAUCGAUGAAAAAGAUGUGAUUCAACAUUCGCAAAGAGAUGAAUUAAUCAAUUUCCCAAAGGAUAAAUACAUAGAUCAUGGUAUAAGUUCAAUAGUCAAAAGAAAAUUCAUUUCAUCAGCAGAAAACGAACAAAAGGUGAUGCGUUUAAAAGCAAAACUUGAAUAUGAUAAUGAAUUAAAUAUUACUGGUAUUUUAAAUUUAUCUUCGAUGAAUUUAAUUGAUAAUGAUUUAUCAUUAAUUACACAACGAUUAUUUCAUAGUGAAAAAAAAACAUGUACUGGUCUUAUUCUACGUAAUAAUAUCUUAUCAUCAGAUGGAGUAAAAAUACUUGUCGAUAAUUUACUUAUGAGACGAAUAAAGUUGAAAUGUCUUUGUCUUUCAAACAAUUCAGAUAUAGAUGACAUUGGAAUUGAAUAUUUAGUUCGUUUAUUACAAGAAAAUCAUUCACUUACAAUCCUCUCCUUACCUUAUACGAAUAUAACAGAUCGUGGUGUUCAACUAUUAGCUAAUGUUCUUUCUGGUAUUAAUACUGAUUUAUCCUGUUCUCCUUUAGAAAAAUUAGAUAUUUCUUUUAAUAAAUCGAUUACUGACGAAUCUACAGAAGCUCUUAUGCAAAUAAUUGAACAAAAUCAAACAUUGAAAAUACUUGGAUUGCAAUAUUGUAAUUUAUCUGAUAAAGCUCGAUUACAAUUAAGACUAGCAAGUAUAAAAAAGAAAAAAAGAAAAUUUCGACUUUUAUUAGCGUGA